AAAUCACACGGUCCAUUACUAUAUCUAACCAUCCCGUCCGUUUAUGUUUGCUCUUUUUUUCUUCCACCUGGUGCCAUCUUCACCCACUUCCGGCGACUAAAAGCGGCGGACAACCUUUUCUCCGCCGAUUCAGUUUUUUCUAUCCCAACCAAGUUAACUCCAUUACACCAAAGUUAGUUCAAACUCAAAAACCUAACUCCGAUUCCAUUCACCAAUGGAAGGGUUAAAGGUUUCAGAAGCUAGCUUAAUAGUUUACAUUCAUCCUUCUAAAAGCAACCAAGUUUCAAAAGCUGUUCCUCGUGAACUCAGUUCUUUGCUUUUCACGUACAAUGAUAUAUUUGACGGUGUCGUUUUGGCUUAUGAUAUUAACUCGUUAGACAAAUGCGCGAAGAUUCUUCCCGGUGUUUGUCCUUAUUUCGGUGUUAAUCUGAAGGUCAAUAUGUUACUUUUUUCUCCCAAGCCAGAUAUGCUUUUAGAAGGAAAGGUAGAGAAAAUUACACAUGACUCGAUUCAUGUUGUUGUGCUUGGAUUUUCUGCUGCAAUUAUAGCUGAGAAAGAUAUCAGGGCAGAGUUCGUAUAUAGAAUGAAACACGAGAAAGGAGUGUAUGCAAGCAAAUCUCACAAGCGACAUGUGAUAAAGAAAGAGACCAUGAUUCGAUUUAUGGUGAAGAGCUUUGAUGAGGAAACACUUCAGGUUUAUGGAUCUCUGGUUCCUGACAACACAGGAAGCAUACAUUGGUUGGAUAAGAACUUGGAAGUUGUUUCUCAUCCUGAUAGGAGCACAAAAAAGAGAGAAAAUGAGAGACAACCCUUAAUGUUAGAUAAUAAAGAUGCUUUAGAUGGGGAACCGUCAACCGUUGACACUGUCCAAAAACUAAAAAAGUCGAAGAAGCAAAAAGUCAGAGAAGAAUCUUGAAUGCUGUAUUGGAAUCUUAUUCUGUAAUGCAACUUAUAUUCACAGAGUAGCUAAGUUUAUGGUGGAAGAGUUUGGACUCGCCAUCCAAUGUUAAGUAUACUAUUUUUUUUAAGGACAUCCAAUGUAGAAAACAAAUUGGCAUGACAUAAUGUGGUUUGCUUCAGCUUUGGGAAAUAUGUGCUCUAGUUGUUUCAAUUAGAAUACAUUCUUUUCAAAAUGCAUGAUGGUAUUUUGAUGUACCUUGCUUCUAGUUUAAAGAAAUUUCAGGUUGCCAUCUUUUGUUAUUUGUAACAGCAUGGAUUCGUUUGGAAGUGAGACCUAAUAUUGUAAACUAACCACUUAAUCAGAAAAGAUGGCAUGAUUAGUGGACUGA